GUUCUGCAACAAUUCAUUCAUGUUUUAUAACAAUACAUUUGCUUCCUUCGCUAUGGUACGAACCAUUGUCUGUGAAGUAUAGUUCUUUUUAAUUCGCAAAUAAACAUCGUCAGAAAACCAAAGGAAUAAGCAAACAAUGAAAAGUCUCAAAGAAUCCGUAUUGAUUAGUGCCAUUUCGUGUGUAUGUGUGUUGAUGUUUAUCAUGGCGAAAAGGCUUGGAACUUGGCAGUGUUUUCUACAAAGCAUAGACAACAAAUUAAAAAAGUACCUGUUAUACAGUACUUUUUGUGAAAACUUAGCGAAACAAUGUGAUAAAAAAUGGAAACCCUGUACACUGGGCACAUCCACGGAUUUCCACCCUCAGCAAACAUAUCAUAUGGAUCGUUAAACACUGCAUGGGGCUCACAGGGAGGUCUAAUUGCUCUGGGAGUAGUUUUGGGAAGCUCUGUAAGCUUAGUCGGGUUGGCAUUUGCAUUUAUCACGUACAGCUUAUUUUCAGAUUUAAAAUCAUUGGCAGGAACAACACUUUUAAGUCUUCUAGCAUCACUCUUCAUGAGCCAAUUAAUCUUUGUUAUUGGUGUAGGAGGAGUGCAGGACUCUGAGCUCUGUUUAUCACUGUCACUGGCCCUACUGUUCAUGAAGCUGGCAUCUCUCUGUUGGCUGUGUUGCUGCUGUCAUCAUGCUCUUGUAUUAUUUCGCUCAAACACGAAUCUUUCUUCGCACCGUGAAGCAACCAUGGGCAAAACAUUAAUUAGCUAUAGUAUCAUUUCUUGGGGAUAUCCACUGAUCAUGCUCGGUGUUGCAGCUGCCUUCAAAUAUAAGGAGCGAGAGUUGAAAACUAACGGUUACACACACGUACAAGUUAUUGCACAAAUAGUACAAGAAUUGAAUGGUGAUAAUCAUUGCUGGUUAAUGGAGGGAUCGGCAUACAUUUGGGGAUUUCUGGUGCCGGCGAUUGUACUACUCUUUUCCGGAUUUUACCUUGCCUGCCAGGGCGAAGAAGUUAUCAAAAUUGCAGCAGCACUGCAAGUUGACUCGCGUGCAAAAAAUAAAUUAGUCAAAAAACGUGGUUUACAAAUAGGAUUAUUUUUCAAGAUUUUAAUCGUUUUGUCAUCCGUGGUAGCUCUUGGUGCUAUUGCAUCAAUUUGGAAUGUAAUGGAGCUAUGGUCGGUGUACAGCAUUGCUCAGGGAAUACAGGGUCUCGUGGUAGCAUUACUAGUCUCUUGCAACUGUAAAGUUUUGAAGCUAUAUUCAGCACCUAAAACUCACAAAUCGCGCCGUGGAAUUUACCGCAACCUAAAGGACGGUGAUGGUGGCAGGUAUGGAAUCCUUUCCAUAUCCAACCCUAACUACGAGGAAACAGUACAUAUCGCUAAUGUUCCCGAGGAAAGUCCAUCUAGCCUUACCAAGAUGUCCUAUAAGGAAGGUUAUUUUGUAGAUCGCAUGGACAGUUCUGCUGCACCAGCCGCACUGGAUCACGCUUUUAAUGGUGAAUUAUCUACUGCACUCUCGAUUGAUGAGGUAUCGAAAACACCGCUGCCAGUUUCAGUGUAGAUGAAUGUGCAAUACAUCUUAUUGUUAUAAGUUUUAUGUUAAAACAAUACCAUGGAAUGCAGAUGCAAUCUGCUUGCUAGGUUGGACAAUAAGUUCUUGGUAGAAUAAAGAAUACUGCAACUGGAAGGAUAAACGCUUCAAUAAAUCCAAUUCGCAAUUGGUAUAAACCUAUCCAUAUCAAAACCAUGGAAUUAAUGAAAUAUCAAAUAACUCGCCGUCCAAACAUAAUCAGCAAAUUUUCCUAAUCAAGCAAUGAGGUGGAAAUGGGAAAAUUAAAUAUCUUUCUUAACAACUAAGAGUGUGAAUUAUUAUUUAAUCCGACACAACACAUACAUUUAUCACUAAACUGACAAACAAAAUGUGUAUGUUAUGUAUUCCGGAGGUGGACCAGUAGUAUAGGCGGUUUCUUCGUCGAUGUUCAUAAGAGAGAAUCGGUUAUCGAAUCCCGUCCCAACCGCUUCCCCGUACGAUUAACUAUGCCAGGACAAGGACUCUCGAGGUUUAGAGUCAAAGAAGAAGCUGAAAACCUACACGUUUGUUUGUUUCAAUGCUGUUAUGAUUUGUUUUUACAAAUUGGCGUUACAUGUGGUACAACACAUUUUUUGUGCUAACGAAAUGUACAUAAUAACAGAAGCUUUAGCAAACUCAAACACUAAUUAUUUAUUUUUAGUUUUAUGUUUCUCAUAAAUGCACGAGAUCAAGUUGAACAGCAUGUCCUAAGUCAAACAAUGCAUUUACAAACUGAUAUAAUGUAAUAAUUAUGUCUAAUUGUUUCGUAACAUGAUUUAAUAUAAUUCAAACACUAACCAGAUUGUUGUGAUACUUGCACAAUAAACACAGUACAAUAAGAUUUUGAAACGUUUUAGAAGAUAUUUGAUAAAACCCGUACAAAGGCAUUAUUUAUGGUGCGAAGUGUUUGGAUCUAUUAAAACGAACAGUAAACAAAAUGAUAUAAAAAGGAAGAAACAGUAAAUAACUACAACGUCCAACAUAGUUUACUCAGUCAUGAUCGUUUGACCAUACAUGUAAUUGAAUUACAAUGUUCUUGCAACAGAAAAUAAUAUUCAACGUGUUUUGCCCAUUUAAGAAAAAUAACAAAGUUUUCACAGCAAUGGGAGUAUGCAUUUUUUUAUUUACCAAAUCAAUAUUUUUAGUCUACACACUUCUUUGGAUAUUUUGUAUCGUCACUAUCAUUCCAACAAUUCUAUAAUAACUCUGAAAAAGUAUUGUUAGUGUAUUGCAUUUUUAUAGCCUUAUGUGAACUGCGUUUCGACAAGGAUAAAAAAUUAGCAUUAGGAUCAUGUAUAUGCAGUAAUAACAUCUAUUUAAGACCAUAUCAAAUCCAGCGAAAUCAUCAUAUCCUGCAGAAUAUCUUUAGGCAAUAGUAGAGUUGUAUCUUUGUAGUCUCUAAUAUUUUAAACAUUAUAUUGUUAGAAAUCUUAAGCGUUUAAAACGGGAUAAGAAAACUAUUUAAGUUAUGUGUAUGUGAGUGUGUCUGUUUGUAUAACCGAUCGAUUUAAUAAAAAUGCAAACAACAACUUAUCAAAAACCCAUUUUUGUAAUCUGUUCCCUUAUAAAAAUUCUACCCAUUUUUGUUUUUUUUUUUGUUU